GGUGAAAAUUGAUUCCAUUGCGCCUCUAGGCAGAGCGCUGAAUUGAUCAAUAUUUAAGUAUUUAAAAAAAAAUUUAUGUUGAAAGCAGAGAACGUUUUAAAGUGCAGUAGAAAUGUCUCAUCCUUUCGCAUAUUUGCCCUCACAAAGAAGUCAUGCACGUCGGAAUAAAUACGGGAACAGAGUUGAAGGUUCUCAAUCUGAAAAUUCACAUGGCGAACAUCAUAGUGCUCCACGAAGUAGAGGACCAAGACAUCCCCCCUGGUUAAAGGGCAAAGAAAUAGGACUGUUUUAUAGAGAUGAGGCUAUCAAAAAAGCAAAACAAAAAUUGCAACAAGUGCAACCUAUCAUUAAACUACCAUCACAUCUUGAAGCUAGCAUCGAACAUAUAAUAGAAAAGUCUAAGGGAUAUUAUGAUACACUAUAUAACAAUGAGGCAUACAAGAAUUUUGCAAAUAGUGUGUUGGAAAAUAAAUAUGUUCAUAUUCAUGAUUCUCAAUUUAAGAGAAAGUUUUUAAAUAUAGUAUCUGGUAAUAUACAAGAAAAUCUUGCCAAAGCUUUACUUGUUAAAUCAGGAUUAGAAAGAGAUAGUAACAUAGAUGUACAAUUAUUAAACGAGUAUAAAGCUAAGCAGUCUUCAUCAGAAUAUGAGACAAUGAUGAAAUGUCGAUUAAAAUUGCCAUCGUAUAAGAAAAGACCAGAAAUAUUACAAUUGCUCAGAGAUAAUCAAGUUGUUGUAAUAAGUGGAGAAACUGGUUGUGGUAAAACAACACAAGUUGCUCAGUUUAUAUUGGAUGACCAGAUAGAACAAGGCAAUGGUAGCAUUACCAAAAUUAUUUGUACUCAACCUAGAAGAAUAUCAGCUAUAUCUGUUGCUGAAAGAGUUGCUGCUGAAAGGGCAGAAAGACUUGGUAGAUCUGUCGGUUUCCAUAUUCGGCUGGAAAAAACACUACCAAGAGAUAGAGGAAGUAUAUUAUUUUGUACUACAGGAAUGUUACUGCAAUUUAUUCAAGGUGACCCUGCCUUAAAAGAGUUUUCUCACAUAAUAUUGGAUGAAAUUCACGAACGUUCCACAGACAGUGAUUUCGUUAUGGCUGUGUUAAAAUUAAUUAUUCCUAAGAGACCAGAUUUGAAAGUUGUUUUAAUGAGUGCGACACUUAACUCGGAAAUAUUUUCAAAAUAUUAUAAUGAAUGUCCAAUGAUUCAUAUCCCAGGUUUUACCUAUCCUGUGGAAGAAUUUUAUUUGGAGGAUGUUUUGGCAUUCACAAGAUUUGAAUUCCCUACACCGAUCGGCAUUCCCCAAGAUUAUAAAAAACGCGGGAAAAAAUAUGAACAAAUACAACAGUCAAUUGAGUUUUAUAAAUUCAUAGAACCACACAUACGCAGACUUGCAUCUGAAAAAAGAUAUUCGGCACAAGUAAUUGGUCAGUUGAGAAACCCAGAGAGUGAAAAGUUAUCCAUUAAUCUUAUAGAAGAGUUGAUUAGGUAUAUCUGUAGAACACAACCACCAGGAGCUAUUUUAGUUUUUCUUCCUGGCAUGAUGGACAUAGUAAAUUUACAAAAAAGAAUGAUAGAAAGUAGACAAUAUCCUGAAAGUCAGUUUGUUAUUUACCCUCUUCAUUCUCUACUGCCAACUAUUGAACAAAAACUCAUAUUCAGUGAACCGCCUGACGGAAUCCGAAAAAUAAUCAUUGCAACUUCUAUCGCUGAAACUUCUAUAACCAUCGAGGAUGUGGUGUACGUCAUUAAUUGCGGGAGAACUAAGUUUGGAAAAUUUGAUGUAAAGAAAAAUAUACAAACUUUAGAACCUGAAUGGAUAUCUCUGGCAAACGCGAAGCAAAGAAGAGGUAGAGCAGGAAGAGUAAAGCCUGGUUAUUGCUAUCAUUUAUAUACAAAAGCCAGAGAAAUGAUGUUCGAUCAGUAUCCAUUACCUGAAAUGUUAAGAACACAAUUAGAAGAGGUUAUUCUACGUAUAAAAAUUUUACAACUGGGGAAAGCUAGAUCAUUUUUGGACUGUGUUAUGGAUCCACCAAAUUGUCAAGCUAUAGAUUUAUCUUUAGAUUUACUUAGAACUCUUAAUGCAUUGGAUAGUGAUGAAAAUUUGACACCUUUGGGAUAUCAUUUAGCGCAAUUGCCAGUUAAUCCACGAAUAGGAAAAAUGAUUAUAUGGGCAGCAUUAUUUUCAUGUGUUGAACCUGUGUUUGCUAUUGCAGCAAGUCUUAGUUUCAAACAUGCAUUUUACUGCCCUCUAAGAAAAGAGGAAGAAGCAAAGCAAAAGAAACUUGAGCUUAGUAACGGCCAAUAUAGCGACCAUAUAGCAUUAGCUGAAGCAUUGAGGAGAUUUGAAAAUUUAUAUAGAAGAGGAAAUGCUGGUUAUUUUUGUAGAGACUAUUUCCUCUCAUUUAGCACAUUGAAACUUCUUUCUGAAAUGAAGUCUCAGUUUGUUCAACAUUUAUACGAAAUGAAAUUUUUGGACUCUGCAAAUCCUAGAGAUGCAAGCGUCAAUAGAAACUCUAAUAACAUAACUUUGGUGAAAUCAAUAGUAUACGCCUGCCUAUAUCCAAACGUUGCAGUUGUUAGAGAUGUUACAAGAAACGGAACACUUGCGUGGACUGCAGAAGAUGGCCGAGUUGUUAUACAUCCUAUGAGUGUAAAUGAUAAAGUUCAAACACUUCCUAGCCGCUUUAUUACAUAUUUCACGAAGCAACGUUCAACAGCAAUAUUUUUACAUGAUACUACUUGUAUUUCCGGAUCAACUCUUAUAUUCGCUACUCCAAACAUGAGGAUAGAAGUAGAAAAAGGAAAGCAUUUUAUCACUCUACCAACUCUACCAAAUUUUGAAACUUUCCGUUGUGAUAAACGAACUGCUGAACUCAUUCAGGAACUGCAACGGCAUUUCAAAAAUAUAUUAGAGUAUAAAAUUACACAUCCGGGAACAGUAAACUGGGAUAGUUACGAAGGAAACUUCCUAAACUUGUUCAUAGAGGUGAUCUGCCAACCAGACGAGAGUAUAGGAUUAUCCACAAAUAAUACUUCUAAUAGUUGAAUAUUAUUUAAUAAUUUAUUUAAUAAGUAUUAUGAUUAUUGCUUCAGAGUGUAUCGAAGUAAUUUCGUAAAUUAAAUAUUGAGUCGGUUUUCUAUUAAAUUGAUAACGAUCAUUAAGUAAUAUAAUUCAUUGAGUAUAGUUUUAUUAUAUCAAUAAAUAGUCGGAAGCGAAUAAAACAAUAGAAUUAU